AUUAAAUAAUCAAAAACAAAAAAUAUUUCCCCCUCAUAGCCAUUAUUGGCCUUCAUCCUGCUCAAUCAUCUUCCCGUUCUUUUCUUCUGGGCGUUCAAUAUUCAUUUUCCCGCUAAUUAUAUGCUCCUGGAAGACAACGCGGGAAGACAACGCCAGAAGGAUUAGGGGUUUAAUUUUACCUGAAAGCUCUGCCCAUAUUUUCCCAUCAGCUUCAUUGACAGGAUAAUCUAGGUUUUCCAAUGGAUGGCGUGAACAUAGCUACUGCAAUCUCCAUUUUCACCUUUCGUCGGAUAGCCCACUUCUUGCAAACUCUUCCCAUGUAUGAUAUAGAGCUAACUCCGAUUUUGCAGAUCCAUCUGAGUACAGACAAUUGAUUGGAUCCCUGAUGUAUCUAGUUAACACUAGACCAGAUAUAUGCUAUGCAGUGAAUGCUCUCAGCCAGUUCAUGAGCAUGCCUAAACAUGUUCAUCUUGUUGCAGCUAAACACAUCCUAAGAUACUUGCGAGACACAGUUGGUUAUGGGUUGAAGUAUCCACUUAACACUCCAAUAACCCUGGAAGGUUACUCAGAUGCAGAUUGGGCAGGAAGUGUCAAGGACAGGAAAAACACUUUUGGCAUUUGUUUUAGCUUAGGAUCCGCAGUGAUCUCUUGGGCUUGCAGAAAACAGUCCUCAAUAGCACUAAGUACACCCGAAGUUGAGUACAUUGCAGCAAGUAUUGCUUCUAGAGAAGCGGUGUGGCUUCGUAAGCUCCUCUCUGAGUUGUUUGGACAACCUUGGGAAUCUACAGUUAUUCAUUGCGAUAAUCAAAGUUGUAUAAAGAUGUAUGUCAAUCCAGUGUUUCAUGACAGGUCAAAACAUGUGAAGACUCAUUAUCACUUCAUUCGAGAUAUGGUGCAAAGAGGCGACAUUCAGCUGAAGUAUGUCAGUAUUGAUGAUCAGAUGGCAGAUAUUCUUACCAAGGCUCUGUCGAGAGUGAAGUUUAUGUACUUCAGAGACAAACUUGGUGUUGUGGAAAAUGAAACAUUGGUUGAGAAGGAGUCUCAACCUCAGUGAUACAUUGUGUUGUAUCAACCACCCUUUGCAGGCAAUGCAAGGUGGUAUUCUUCUCAAGGAGAAGAGCAAAUGUAACCAUCCGUUGCGGGUAAUGUAAGAUGGUAGAAAAUAUCCUCUCCACCCUCUACGAGCAAUGUAAGGUGGAUCCAUUCUAUGCUUGUGUGCAAGAUGGAAGACUACAACAUUUUGAUUAUGUAAUCCAUUCUUUGCUUGUGUGCAAGAUGGAAGAUUAUGAUAUUCUGAUUAUGUAAUUAUUUCCUCCCUAGUUAAGAAGGAGUGUUGAUUGUAACUAGGUAGGAUGCGGAUUCCAAUUGCCUUAAGGCAACAUUGGACCUUCUCUCCCCUCUCACAUGCCACUCUAAGGGAAAUGUGUUCCCUCUAAUAGGGCCGACCCUAUAACCCAAAAGACAUCACACAAAAGGGGAUAAAAUAAAUAAAAGAAUUGGCGCCAAGCCAACCUCAAAUAGGUCCCUUGCCACAUAUAAAUGAAGAACUUGACCUCAUUAAACACAUGACAUCUUCCCUCACAAAUGCGAAUUAACUCUGAAGUUUAAGUGAAUUUAGUCAGUUAUUUGUUGUGCAUGAAUGCGAACUACAUCUUCUGCCAAGGUGUAAACAUUAGGUGUGGAUAUCUCCAUUGAAAGGGGCAAACUGUUGUCAAGAACAAGGUGUCAAAAGUGUAGACCAGGUUGCUGGUUGAUGAAGACAAAAGUGCAGAUCUGAGGUGCAGACCUGAUACUGAUUAGCCAUCUACAUCAGCCCUAAGUGUGGUCAUAUCAGACCUCCUAAAGAGAUAAGUGUUGUAAUCAAAAUAUUGUGUAUAACUCAUAAUCAGAUCUGAGGAUCUCUUCUUGCUGGGUUUUUCCUCCUAGGAGGUUUUCCCAGGGUGAU